UUUUUGUGGCGAUGACUCAUAAUUGAUUCCCAUACACGACUCCAAUGAUUAGACUUCAAUUUUUAGUUAUUGUGACAAUGUUGCAGCAAUUGUUAAUAUUAACAAUUUCUGUUGGCAGUUUGUGGUGAAUUUUAGAUAAAGUGUUUUUAAUGUUUUUGUCAAUUUUUGUGUGUUUGUUAAGUUCCUAUCGUAAUAUGUAUGUUAAUUUAAAAAUCUAUCUGUUACCAAAUAUUUGGAUGUUAUCAUCUGUUUAGGCCUGGGGGCUGAAGGAUUUUGAUAUAGACUGUGACGCUGAUUCGCAUCGUCAUGUCAGUUUGCCUCGAAAGUAGCCAGCCGAGAGACGGUUUGAAGCUACCGCUUAAUCGGAGUUUUAGUGAGCCAGGAUCUCAGACUUCGCCGUCUCACCUACCCUUGGGUUGCCCGAAUCCUAAACGUUUCAAACUGGAUACCUCCAGCGUGAGUCUACCUACGAGCCCAUGUGCGGAGUCGGCGCACUUACAACGAACAUGGGUCCUGAACAAUGUUAAGUACAUGGACGACGACGCUCUUAAGUCAAAAAUGGAGGAUCGUAGGCCAGGACCUAAGAGCUACAUACUAUUAGAUUGCAGGCCCUUCAUCAGCUACAAUAUGAAUCAUAUUGCCGGUGCUAUAAACGUCAAUUGCUCCGAUCGAUUUAACAGAAGACGUCUUCAGCAAGGCAAAGCAACUUUGGCCGAUCUGGCCACGACUAGAGAAGGAAAAGAAGUACUGAAAAAGAGGUUGUUUAGGGAAGUGAUUAUUUACGAUGAUUCUACGAGUGAUAAAGAGAGAAUCACCGUUGGGCAUCCGUUGUUGUUAGUGUUGACUUCUUUGGUGGACGACCAUAAAGAGCCAGCCUUACUUAUCGGAGGUCACAGGGAAUUCCACAGAAAAUACAAAGAACUGUGCGAGGACACUCUGAUGUCGGCUUUGUCGAAUAGGAGCUCACCUUCCUCACCGGCCACUCUUGCAGAUGUCGACUCUUUCCCCGCUUCGAAAGUUUUACCCUUUUUGUAUCUGGGUAAUCUGAAAGAUGCGACCGAUCCGUCUUGCCUCCGAGGAUUGGGUACCACCUGCGUUCUCAACGUCACCUCACAGUUACCGGGGUACCACGAAGAGUACGGCAUCACGUACAAACAGAUACCCGCUACAGAUUCCGAACAUCAAAACCUGAAACAGUAUUUUGAAGAAGCAUUUGAGUUCAUUGAAGCAGCUAGGAAAAGCGGUUCUAGAGUGUUGGUUCACUGCCAAGCUGGAAUCUCCCGCAGCGCAACUAUAGCCAUAGCUUACAUAAUGAAAUACAAACAGAUGUCGAUGGUGGAAGCCUACAAAAAAGUGAAAGAAGCCCGCCCCAUCAUAUCGCCCAACCUUAAUUUUAUGGGUCAACUAUUAGAGCUAGAACAGAGUUUACGAAAUGAUACCAGUAGUUCAAGUCACCAGUGUCGCUGGACGCAGCAAAAUACGGAUGAAGUGACCCCAGGAUGUAGUGUGUAAUCUAACGUGGAUAAUAAUGGACAAUGAAAAGCUUUUUGUUAUGGCCCUGUACAGAAAUAUUUCUCAAUUACGGUUUUCGCUACCGAAUGAGCGUUAUUCCAAAAUAGCAUGUGUUCCAGUUAUAUCAUAACUUACGGGCUCAGUUACAAGACGGUAGUAUCUCAUACGAGUUACUGGGGCGAGUACUGGAAGCCAGUGUUUCACCAGAGACUUCGUAGCACCUCAACUAAUUACGGGUACCAGCCACCAGCUACCAGAAGCGUGUAACCGGUCUCUAUGGUGUUAGUGUGUCUUACAGUCGAGUACUACGUGGGAGAAGUAUUGGUGGAGGAACCAAAUAUUGCUUUACUUAUAUUUACACGACUGGCAUGAACACUCACAGCGAGUACUCUACUCUACUGGAAUAUAAAACACCAAUUUACACAAGGAGAGUACUAAAAGUCAGUACUCGGUUUUAGUGUGCUGACUUUUAUUACUCUUAUUGUGUAAAUUGGUAUUUUAUGUUAGUACUGUAUAGUACUCGCUGCGAGUAUUCAUGCCAGUCUAGUAAAUAGAAAGCAAUCCUAUUUACUGGAACGAGUAGGUUUCCCCAUCAAUAUUUCUCCCACGCAAUACUCGAUUUUAUAACGCACUAGCAUCAUAGAGACCGGUAACACGCUUCUAGUAGCUGGUACCAGUGAUUGCUGUGAUUAAUUGAGAAGCUACGAAGUAUCUGAUAACGCGUCUGCCCAUUAAAAAACGAUUUUAGGCUGUAGACGCCACUAUCCCUGUGAGAUACUUGCCUCCAGUACACUCGGUGACUCAGUAGCUCGUACGUGUUACAAGCGUCGUGUAACUGAGCCUUUACCUACAUAAUCCAGUGAAUUUUUUUAAGGAGAGAAACAAAUUGGUCAACCUUUGAGAAUAAAUGAUAAAUUAUUUUUAUUACUCUCAUUGUUUAUAACAGUAGUAAAACUACGUCAAAAACUAUUAAAUUCUUUAGAAAUACAAUAAGUGUGACCUAAAACAUAUUGCAUCACUGUGAUACGGGAUAUAUAGUAAUAAAUUAUAAUAUAUUAAUAUUCUGCAUAAUUAUAUACACAUUAAAAAAACUUACGUUAGGUAGGCAAAAUACGUAUUUUUCAAUUGCUACAUACAUGACAUCAAACAAAAGCACAUAACGAUAGAUACUAUGUUUAAAUUGAUAUAAGAACAAUCAUUUAUGAUUUAAAUAUUCUAUACUUUAUUUGUUUGCAACUGACAGCUCAUUACAAAUGCAAAUCUUCAAAUAGAGGUUAAGGGUUAAUAUGCAAACAAAUUUAUCCUCUCGUGUUGAAAUAUAGUUUUAGAUAUUAUUUUUCAAAGAGUCCACCCUGUUUGCAUAUAAAUUAAUAACAAUAUAAACCUAUGGAUUAUAUACUCAACAGGUAUGAAAAUUAUUGGUCAGUGUUGGAGAGUCAAAAGAAUUUAUAUGUUAAAUAAAAUUAAUGAAAGUGGAUACAUUGUAUAUCUAACAUUUAAGCAAUGUGCAUACAUUAAUGCUGGGGCCACAGUAACGUCUAAUGCCCUUACUGUGGCCACAGCAUAAAAGCUUAUCGAUUUACUUAUAAAUUAUGGAUUUUCAUCUCUUGUUGUAUCUUUCCAUAACUUAUAUCUCGUUGUAUCUAAGAUACAACUUUGACAUAAUUCGUACUUUCUAUUUUCUUUUUAUUAUUAGUGUUAGGAGUUUUUAAUUUCUUGUGGUCUUUUUUUAAGUAGGCAACGUUGUCUCCAGGAUGAUCCUAAGGGGGUGGGGGAGGGGGUACAACUACUGUAGGGUCUCUGGGGGUUAUGGAAUAGUAAUGGUGUUAAGCGUAAAGAGCUCAAAGUAAAUUCCAAAAGGGGUAGUUAUAACUCUCAAAACCCCCCUGGUUACGCCACUGAAAGUAGGCAUAUGUAACUAAGCAAAUUAAUGCAUAACUCGUAAUUUUUCACAAAAACCUUAUUGGUUUCAACUACAUCCGUACGGCAAUGGUUUAUGACCUUGACGAUAACCCUUAACCUCUAUUUGAAGAUUUGCAUUUGUAAUGAGCUGCCAGGUGCAAAUAAAUAGACUUUAGUAUAUUAAGAUAAAGAUGAGAUACAUGUAGUAGAUAUAUGACCAUGAUCACCACAUAUAAUACAAAUAUGACUUGUGAUAAAAAAAUUGAAUGAUUAUUGACUCGAGUUAUUCAUCUCACUGAAACAUCACGAGAGUUAUAUAAAUACAUUAUUUCCUAACCUUUAUAAGUAUUUAUCAUAUGUUAUGCUUUAGAUGACAAACAAUGAAAUAAAAAAUAUUUUCUAAAGGUUUCCAGUCUUACCAGUAUAGAGAAAAUCAAGUAUUAAAUUACGGGGGGGGGGGCAUUUCAAGCAUAUUUUUGUGAAUUUUUUUAAACUAUGAUAGAAAUAUUUUAUUUUUAAAUCAAAUAAACAUAUUAAGUACAAUUAAAAGAAUAUUCAAAAAAAUUUCAAGGCAAAAUAUUGAAAAAUAAGCCAACAGUGCACUCCGGAAUAUGUUUUUGAAUCGCGGAGUAAUUUACAAAAGAGAAGGGGAACAGCUGUUGAACGUUUCUCACUACGCUCAAGCGCUCUGGUGCAAUGCCGCUGCACAAAGCGAAUCGAAGGAUGUUCAACAUGCUGUAUCUCCGGUAAUUUUGCGAAAAAUCGAAAAAUUUUAAACCAUACUCCCCCCUUGAGUUUCUACUAAAAGUUAUGAUAUACAAUUGCUGCAAACUUGCCAUUUUAUUGAGGAUUAUUUCAUACAGAGCCUUCAUUUUCCGUAAAUGACCCGAUAUAGUCAAUAACUCGCCAUAGAGUUAAAUUCUAGUCUUAUAUCUUUUUGUUUAAAAUGGCUGUGUACCAUUAAAGAUAUUUAAUACAUUAUUGCAGUGAAUCAUUAUUUUUGGCAAAUUUAUAGAACAUUUUAAGCAAUGUGCAACUAUAUAAUAAUAUAAUAGCCUUUAUACAUAAUGUAGUACAUAUUAUUUACAUUAAAUUUAUUUGUAUUUUUAUAUCACAUACUAUUUUUAAUUUAUUUCAACAAAAAGAAACCAAAACCUCUUCAAACCUCUUUUGGUACCACUACACAAAAACUUAUGUACCUACUGUUAAAUUGUAGUAUUACCAGAUUGUAUAUUACAAUCUUCAGUACCAAUCACACUCCUUCUGUAAGUUAUAUUAAUGUCUCUCUUCUGAUUUCUAGCAAUGAUCUUCAUCCAUCGUACCUCUACCUUACUGUAUCUAUUUCUGAACAUAGUCAUCCCCUUGUCUCCUCCACUGGUCUCCACCCAGUGCUCUUGUCAUGCAUCUUGUUUUAACUACUAGAUUUUUUGCCUACUACUAUAUUUUAUUAUCUCCAAAAAUAUAACAAAAUGCCACAAAAAAUUAGUUCAGAACCAUAUCAAUCUUAUCUAGCAUAGUUUUCCUCUCUUACAAUUCACAUCGCCUUUAUAAUAUUAUCUACUUAUUUCACCUCCCAUUGUCUUGUUUUGAAAUGUCAUCAUCAUCAUCUUUCAACCUCUUGCAUACACUGUUGACAUAGGUCCCCAUACUGUUCCACUGUUCUCUAUCCUGUGCUUUCUGCAUCUAAUUUAUUGCUGUUUUUCGUAAGUCGUCCAUUCAUCUUAGUAUGAGUCUAUCGGUGUCUCUUGUUUUGUUUAGGUCUCCAUUCUAUGAGUUUUUGGUCCUCCUAUUAUCAUUUAAAUGUGUUAUAUUAUAGCCAGUCUAUUUGACUUGUACAAUCUGAUGUUUUAGUCCCCUCUCUUACUAUUCUGCUUGGAAUCAUAUCAUCUCUUUUUGGUUACUCUUAAUUUACUGGCAGAUUUUUAGUUCAUGUUAAUAUUACCGGCAGUAUAAUACAUUGGUGGUUAACUUUUGUCUUUAAGCAAAUGGGUAGUGUUCCUUUAGAAUAUGUCGCAUCUUACCAGCGCUGAAUCUCACAGGGUUGAUUGUCUUUUCCUAUUUUAAUUUCAUGUACCUAGUAUAGCUAUAGCUAUAUAGCUAAAACCAGAUGUAAAGUUUGUUUAGCAGUAAAUGGUUGACUUCAAUUAAAACAUCCUGGGUUAACCGAUAAUAUUAUAAAAUGCCCGGUUUCAGGUAAAAUUUAAAUAUGUUUCAUUUACGUAUUUCAGGUAAAAAUUUUGUGGAUCCUUUGCUUUAUUAUAGGAGUACCGUCUAGUUAGUGUUAAUUGUCAAAAGACCAACUCUGUCUACCUCGUUCGCUUAUCGCUCCGGACCGGUCUUAACAAUGGGCCAAGUCAGAUAAAUUUAAUAAUAUUUACGACCGCACUAAUUGAAGUCAACCAUUUUCUGCUAAACAAACUAUAAUUGGUUGCCUCCUAUUCAUAUAUCUAAACUAAAUUGGUUAUAUAUUUUGUUUUUUGAAAGUUUAUGUCUUCCAUUUCAUACCUACUUGUUCUAUAGCCUGUUUUAGUUCUUCCAUCAUUUUGUAAGCUUCAUUUUAAUUAUCUGCUGUCAUAACAAGAUCUUCUACAAACCGCAAGUGACUUAAGUAUUCACCAUCACUGUUUAGUCCUCUUUUAGCCCCACCUAAUUUCUUAAAUACAUAUUCCUCACUAUACACUUCAUCUGAUUGCCUUCCUGUCUUUGCGUUUGAAAGGUUGGUAGUACUAAUGGUGGUGAAAGAGAGUCAAGGAUUGCCAUGAAGAUAAUAUAUGGCAUUACUUAAAUAGCACAGGACAGUUUUGGUUUCAGGAUAUUUUCUUUUUGGAAUUGAACCACAUUACCAAAUUACACAAUAUUGAUAUAAUAGUUUACUACAUAGAUGGCUUGUUUGACUAGAUUCAAUUUGAAAAUUAUAAAUUUCCUCUCACACUCGAAAAAAGGAUUAAUAAUAUACCACGUGUUGUGUAAUUCAUCUUUGUAUAAAAUAUUUGUAUUUUUGUUCUAAAAAUUUGUCAUAUUAUUUAUUUGCCAUAUUUUCAGCAGCUCAUAAUGAUUUACCUUGUAUAGUGUAAGGUUUUAUUUGAAACAUUAAUUGGAAACAUUCUAAAUGCUGCGAAAAUAUAAGAAAAGCGGCAGUUUUUACAUUAUUUAAUUAAAUUAUUUAUUUAUGUUCAGUUAGUUUAUAAAUGAUUCAAUUUGUUUUUGUUUUCGGGUUUAAUCCGAAUGUAUAGCUUAUUAUAAACUGAGGGUGACGUAACUUUUGACAGCUCUUUUAUUUAUAUUGAUUUGGUUGGUAGUACUGUCAAGAAAACCGUCCAUCUAAUACAACUCUUACAGGAAAAAUCUAGACUAAACAAAAGAUAUUAACAAUAUUUCAAAUAUCUACUAUGAUCAACAAACAGUAGUACAUAUAUAACAGCAGACAACUGAAGAUAUUGAAAUAAAGAGAGAGGACGUUAUGUACUUUUGCCAAUCCUUCUCAACAUGUAUUCGGAAGACGUUAUGAAUAACUAUAAGAGUCCAAGAGGCAGCGCUGAAAAAUUUCUUUGAAUUUACUAAAGCUAGAUUUUUCACGGUUGAUUACUGUGAUUGUGUAGAGAAACACUGCGGUCGGUCAAGUGAAACGUAGAACAUGGGGUUACUGAGAGGGUAUCAAAGUUGCUUUCCUACGAAGGUAACUAAAUCCAUUUACUAAGACUGAAAAUCAGUACACACAUUCUAAAUUAAAUAUAAAUAAAAGUUAUUAUAGUCGGUCAGCUGUAUGACGGGACAGAGCCGGUUGGUCGGCUCCAGUGAAUGUACAGGGUUAUUCACUAUAUUUUGACCCCCUUGUAAACUGCUUUAUUUACAGAAUGAGAAAAAAAUGUAAAAUGCAAAAGGUAUUCGAUUUUUAAAUUAUGAUUUUUUGACAUUUUUUUUAAAUGGGAAUAGGGGUCGAGUGCUAGCUCAUUUGAAAGAUUAUUCAAUUCCCUAUUCAGUAAUAUAAACAUUAACAUCAUUGAUUAUACAGGGUGUCCAAAAAAAUUUUUUCAAAAAUUUUUUUUGGACACCCUGUAUAAAUAAUGAUAACCUUUCAAAUGAGCUAGCACACGACCCCUAUUCUCAUUAAAAAAAAAUAGUCGAUUACGUCAUCACGUCCAGAUGGAUGACGUCAAUAGUACGAUAUAUAUGUCAAAAAAUCAUAAUUUAAAAAUCGAAUAACUUUUGCAUUUUACAUUUUUUUCUAAUUCUGUAAAUAAAGCAGUUUACAAGGGGGUCAAAAUAUAGUGAAUAACCCUGUACAUUCACUGGGCCCGACUGACCGGCUCUGUCCCGUCAUACAGCUGAUCGACUAUAAUAACUUUUAUUUAUAUUCAAUUUAGAAUGUGUGUACUGAUUUUCAGCCUUAGUAAAUGGAUUUAAUUACCUUCGUAGGAAAGCAACUUUGAUACCCUCUCAGUAACCCCUGUUCUACGUUUCGCUUGACCGACCGCAGUAUGAUUCUCUACACAAUCACAGUAAUCAACUGUGAAAAAUGUAGCUUCAGUAAAUUCAAAAAAAAAUUUCAGCGCUGCCUCUCCGUCUAUAAGUUGUUUAGUCAGCCAAUACCCACCCCGGGUUGUAGUGCUACGAGAAGAAGUUAUGAGUAACUGCAAAAAUUCUUAAAUUUGUGAGUUUGUGUGGUAAAUUCCUCUAAAUAUACUAUUGAAGUAGACUGAUAUUAAUUUAAAGAUUUAUGUUCAGACAAAUGAAGUCAAUCCCCAAACUUUUUAAAAGUCAUGGACCAUUAUAAAUAGAAUAAUAAUAAUAGUCCCCCGUUUUAUACCGCUAACGCGGCUUUGGGAUUAUAGCAGGGUAGUCUGCUAUAGCUAGGGCCUAAGGUAUACAAGGAAGGCGACAGGGCCAGUGCUACGCUUCAACCGCCUAUUAUUACCCCUGGUUUUACCAAAGGUACAUUUUUAUUCAGGCUGCGUCGACCUGGGCCUAUAUACUAUAUUAAAUAUUAUUUACUAUUUAUGAUAUUGAUUAAAAAUACCAAUCAGAAAGUACUUUUUUUGCUAAAAUAUCAUGAAUCAAUAUAACGUCACAUAGAACAGGUUUGUAUGGAGUUCGAAGGACCAGUUUGGAAUACAUUAGAUACAACAAGAAGAUGCCAAGAUAUAAAACGUUGAGACUUAGAAUCCACGAAUGAAAGUACAGAGAUAAGUUGACUCAAUCUAUUUGCUAGCAAACAAAUUUGUAAACGGCUUGCCAAAACUGUCUAUUAUGUAGUUAAGAUGUCACCGUCACUUUAUAAUAAAUAAAGUAUAUUAUUGUAACUUAAAUUUGUUCGGUGUUAGUCUGAUUUUAUUGAGCAGUGUAUUUAAAACUGAAACGAUGCUAAGAACUAAGUAGGAGACAGUUAACAAGCCUUUAUUUCCAAUACAGUAGAACCACGAUUAUCCGUGCUCGGAUAAUCGAAAAACACGGAUAAUCCGAACUUUUAUUUCGUACAUAUUGAUACAUUGUAGGUACAUACAUAGUAUUAUGGACCUACCACAAAAAGAUAACAGAGAAAGUUACUGCAUAAAUAAACGUUUAUACUAAAUAAGAAAAAUAAAAACUACAUAGGUAUGCAGAUCAACUUGCAUUUACAUAAAGCGGUUAUAUAUUUUUAGGCUUUUUAAAAAAAGUCAGUCACUUUGGUAUGUGUUAAAAGUCUUUGACUAUUUUAUUGUAUGGCAUAUUCUGCGCAAGUUCAAAAUAUCAAAAUGAUCCUAAGGUUCUCGUUGCUCAAAAUAGUCUAGUAGAAUAUUGGCAGCUUCGUCAGCAUCCUGACUAGUUACUCUGAUUGGUUCCGUCCCAUCAUUUCUUCAUCGUAAGUUUCGUCUUAGUUUCUUUAUCAUCAUCUCCUUUUAUCAUCUCUUUCAAGACAUUGAAAGUCUUCUCUUUUUUCCACUCUAUCUAUUUGCCACUAUACAAAUUGCGUCUUUUAAAUAAAAAUCAUUUAUUUUAGCCUUUCUAGUUUCAUAGGCCUGAUGAUGGAAUACAAAUAAGAAAUAAUUGUAAACUGUGAAACCGGUCGCAUAAACACAACAUCCUUUGAGAUUUACUAAACAAAGAUUGUGAGAAAAGAGUUUUCUUCAUCCAACACGUUCUUUGCUACAGGCGUCUCAUUGUCUCAGUAACACCCUGAUCCAUUUGUACAGGAUUUAUAUUAUCACUCAAAAAUAAUAGCAAUUCAUAUCGAUUUAAUUUUUAAAGGUCUUAAACAAACAUUAUUGUUUAUAGUAAAAUAACUGGGUGACAUUUAUUUCACAAUGUAGGCCAAUCGGUUCGAGAACACCUCAGUCAGCGAUUUUGAUAUUAUGAGUAUUUCACGGUCACAAUCGUGUCGUCAAAAUCAUAACAAAACAAUUACGAGUUUAUUUAUAGAUACGGAGAAAGUAUUGCACAGAUCAAUCUGUAUUCAUCAUUCAUUAUUUAGACAUCAAGUAGUUAGAAUAUAGACUUUGCCCACCAACUCGUUACUGGUAUAUUUAGUGUUGGCAAUAAAUACAUGUUUGAUAAAUAGUGUUUUACAAAUCAACCCCCUUGUCGGGGGUAAAGAAGGCGCUAAAGAACCCCAACCACCAUACAUUGGUUGUAUAUACAACACCAUACAGUGAUGUAACAUUGGCUGGAAAAAAAAAAUUUCGAUAAAACCUCAAAAAAAUACAAUUGGAGUUAUGGAAAAUCAUAAGACGGAUAAUCCGCGUCCCGGACAAUCCGCGUUCCGAAUAAUCCGCUCACGGAUAAUCGGGCUUCUACUGUAAUUAUUAGUUUAUACAAAAACAUUCAAGUAUUUGUAGAAAUUUAAAUUUUUUCAUUAAAUAUCAAAAUAUGUUGCCAGUUAAUUAGUGUUAAUAUUGCCAGAGCAGGUUUAAGAGUUAUAUUGGAGUAGGAUUAUAUUCUUGGAUCUUAGAUCGUAUAAAGAAUGGUAACAGUGUCAGUGCUACACUUCAACCCAUAUUUUUGACCAGGGUGUUCAUCUGUUUUAGGCUGAAUUGACAUAGAGAGCAAAAUUUGAGUUACCAAGCUUUUACUUUAUGUAUUAAUUAUAUGUGAACUUUUUGUAAAAAUAUUGGUAAAUUCGGAAGCGAUUUUUUUGUUUUUUGUAAUCUCUUAAUAAAGUACUUGAUGUCUUGAUAUUUUUUGUGUUUCCUUAAGGCUUACACUGCCGGUAGGCUUGUAGCUGUUGCACCUAAAGUUUCACUGUUGAAGUCAUACGUGAAGAUUUUUGUAAUGAAAGAUUUUUGGAUUGUAUUCUAGCUGAAUAAUUUGUAACCAGGGUUCUGAUAUUUAAUGUGAUUUUCUUAGGUUAGUUUAUAUAAUAAUUUUAUUGUACUACAAGCACGUGAACGUGUUUGUAGAGAUUUUUUUUUUGUUUUAUUUCAUAAAGGCGUUAACGUUCUUAAUGUAAGAGGUGGGAAUGAGCUUGCCCACAUAUAUACAGUGUGACUUCUAAUAAGUAUUUAUUUUUGACUUAAUUUAAGUUAUAUAUUAUGUAACAGUUUCAUAUACUUAAAUAUCUGUGCUUGGGUGGUUGUAGGAUUGAAUCAUGUCUCGUGUUGUAGAGUAGAAGCAACGAAUACUAUUUUUUUCGCAAAGAGGAGGGAGUUGAAAGUUAAUUUUGAUUUCACAUUGUAUGUUUUUUCCGUGACAAGACAUCUCGUAACGUGACAGUUCGUAACCCCACAAAUGGUAACGGACAAUUCGUUACUUCAUAAUUGAAUUUUUCUGUUUAUUUUUGUUAACGUGGAAACUAACUUUUAUUACAGUUACAAUAGAAAUUACGUUUAUUAAUUUAACUAACGAACAUCAGGAUAAAUAUGUUGUGACACAUUUCAUAUUUCGUAGGAAAUUAAUUUUUAAAAUUAUAUAAUAAAAUAAAUAUAAUCUAGUAAUGUGAAUUAUAUUAAUCAUUAUAGUAAAUGCAUUAUUUUUAUACCUACUGUUUUUAUUUGCUUGAUUCUUUUUCACACUUAGUUUUACUACUUUAAAGUGAUCAUUCAAGUUGUUAGAUUUAAAAAAAAAUCUUUAGUUGUCAUAUUAACAAGAAUAUAUGCAAAAAUAUGUGUGUUUUUAAAAAAGUCCCAUUACUUUUAAUACAGGAAUGUAUGCAAAAUGUAUUUUUGUACACUCACCGGCACAAAAAAACGGGCACCCCAAAAAAUGGGUAAUUUUUAAUGACUUUUAUUUCCUAAACCUGAUAUCCGAUUUAAAAAUUUUUUUAAUAUGUUAUAGCCUUAUUCUCUAUCAAUAUCGCUGUAAUAAUAUUGUUGCUAGACAGGUACAUUGUCAUUGUAUACAGGGUGUACGAAUCAAACUGUGUUUAUUUCUCUAACUUUGGAACACCCUGUGGAAUGUUCUAGCUUUUAUAAAAUACUGAAAUUAAAUCCCAACUAUAGCCUCAGGUUUUCUUAACAUUUUGUUUUUGAUUCAUUCGCUUAUGUUGGAUAAUAAAAAAGUUAGGCACUUUAACAACUACCCCUGUUUUUCGACAAUACAGGGUGUUUUUAAAUAAGUACAACAAACUUUAAGGGGUAAUUCUGCAUGAUAAAAUAAUGACAGUAUGCUUUAUAAACGUAUGCCCGCAAAUGCUUCGUUUCCGAUAUAUGGGGUGUUGAAAUUGUUCUUACAAACUGACGCUUUAUUCAUUGCUCUAAAACGGUUUGUGAUAUGCAAAUGAAAUUUGGUAGAUUUUAAGAGGUAGUUAUUGCGCAUUUUUUGGCCUACAGUUAAGAAUUUUAUAUUCACCAUUGGCGUGCAUACGGGAUAUAUCUAAAAUGUUUAUACCCGUAUGCACGCCAAUGGUGAAUAUAAAAUUCUUAAUUGUAUGCCAAAAAAUGCGCAAUAACUACCUCUUAAAUUCUACCAAAUUUCAUUUGCAUAUCACAAACCGUUUUAGAGCAAUAAAUAAAUCGUCAGUUUGUAAGAACAAUUUCAACACCCUCUAUCUCGGAAACGAAGCAUUUGCGGGCAUACGUUUAUAAAGCCAACUGUCAUUAUUUUAUCAUGCAGAAUUACCCCUUAAAGUUUGCCGUACUUAUUUAAAAACACCCUGUAUUGUCGAAAAACAGGGGUAGUUGUUAAAGUGUCUAACUUUUUUAUUAUCCAAAAUAAGCGAAUGAAUCAAAAAACAGAAUGUUAAGAAAACCUGAGGCUAUAGUUGGGUUUUAAUUUCAGUAUUUUAUUAAAGCUAGAACAUUCCACAGGGUAUUCCAAAGUUUGAGAAUUGAUUCGUACACCUUGUAUACAAUGACAAUGUACCUGUCUAGCAACAAUAUUAUUACAGCGAUAUUGUUAAAGAAUAAGGCUAUAACAUAUUAAAAAAAUUACCUAAAUCGGAUAUCAGGUUUAGGAAAUACAAGUCAUUAAAAAUAGCCCAUUGUUUAGAGUGCCCGUUUUUUGUGCCGGUGAAUGUAUAGACUCAAUGCUGAUAAAUUUGCUAAAAAAAAUAAAUGUUGACGUUACGAAUUGUCGGUUACGAACUGUCGCGUUACGAGAUGUCACGGAACCGUUUUUUCAGUGUAUAUCCUGAGCCGGUAUAUUUAUGCAUAAGUAUAUUAAACGAUGAAUUGUAUUAUUAUUGUACUACUAAUAUACUUUAUGAAAUAUAUAUAGUUAAUAAACUUUAUGAAAUAAAAUAAAGUUUUGGUGUAGCUAAGUACCGAAAAUAUUUCGACGUCUAUGUUCUGAAGUAUUGUAGAAGUCUAUCACGAUUAAAUAUGUGCCUUUUACAUUUACAUGUAAACUGUAUAGACUACAGACUGUACAAAAUAAAGCCUUUGAUUAUGUAAAUACAAUAAAAUGUUAUUAACG